AUGGCGUCCACAGAGCGGCGUCACUUUAGCUAUCCAAGCCCAUACCGUAAAGGACCUUGGCCGCCCCAGGCCGGUGCAGAAUCGCUCGCCUUGUUCAUACGCCCGCGUGAUCUUGCCAGAGCCCUAAGCAGGACGACUCCCGCGCCCGCGUGUAGUUGCGAAAAUUCUGAGGCAUCGCCGCGUGGUGGGCCCCAACGAAGGGGCUCCCACGGUGGGGUGGCGGCGGAAAUUCCCACAGAGAAGAGAAAGCGGCAAGGGCGGGUAGCUGGUGAGCAACAGCCGAAGGGGCUGGGUCACUGGUGGUGGUGGUGGUGUUCGGGCGCUCUCUCCGAUGCGGUGGCGGCGUUGGCCCAGGGCCGCCCGCACCGCCUCUGCGUCUACGUUUGUGUGUUGGUGCGGGGCGCCGGGACAGGGGGACCACCACCACGCACUCUCGCAAAGAGCACGCACUCGCCGGUAUCGAAUUAG